ACUUCUUCUUGUCUACUAUCCCUCUCCCUCUCUCUCUAUACCCCUCUAGACACUUUCUUGUCCUCAUCUUCUCUUCAUCUUCUUUAUACCUCAACCUCUCUCUACUCCCCCAUAAUCUAUUCAAGAUGACUGCCAACGGAUCUACCCCCGGUGGCCACCACAACCAGGGCAACUUCCUGUUCACCUCCGAGUCCGUCGGCGAGGGUCACCCAGACAAGAUCGCUGAUCAGGUCUCCGAUGCCAUCCUCGAUGCCUGCUUGACCGAUGACCCUCUCUCCAAGGUCGCUUGCGAGACCGCAACCAAGACCGGUAUGGUCAUGGUCUUCGGUGAGAUCACCACCAAGACCAAGCUUGACUACCAGAAGGUCAUCCGUGGUGCCAUCAAGGACAUCGGUUACGAUGACUCCGCAAAGGGCUUCGACUACAAGACCUGCAACGUCCUCGUUGCCAUCGAGGAGCAGUCCCCCGAUAUCGCCCAGGGUCUUCACUACGAGCAGGCUCUUGAGCAGCUCGGUGCUGGUGACCAGGGUAUCAUGUUCGGUUAUGCCACUGAUGAGACCCCUGAGCUCUUCCCAUUGACCCUUCAAUUGGCACACAAGCUUAACGCUGAGAUGAGCGCUUCCCGCCGUGAUGGCUCCAUCCCAUGGUUGAGACCCGACACCAAGACCCAGGUCACCAUUGAGUACAAGCACGACAACGGUGCCGUUGUCCCUCUCAGAGUUCACACCGUCGUCGUCUCUGCCCAGCACGCCGAGACCAUCACCACUGAGGAGCUCCGCAAGGAGAUCCUCGAGAAGGUCAUCAAGAAGGUCAUCCCCGCCAAGUACCUUGACGACCAGACCAUCUACCACAUCCAACCCUCUGGACUCUUCAUCAUCGGUGGCCCACAGGGUGAUGCCGGUCUGACUGGCCGCAAGAUCAUCGUCGACACAUACGGUGGAUGGGGAGCUCACGGAGGUGGUGCUUUCUCCGGAAAGGAUUUCUCCAAGGUCGACCGCUCCGCCGCCUACGUCGCCCGCUGGAUCGCCAAGUCCCUCGUCAACGCCAAGCUUGCCCGCCGCUGCCUCGUCCAGCUGUCGUACGCCAUCGGUGUCGCCGAGCCCCUCUCCAUCUUCGUCGACUCGUACGGAACCUCGGACAAGACCUCUGACGAGCUCGAGAAGAUCAUCCGCGCCAACUUCGACCUCCGCCCGGGAGUGAUCGUCAAGGAGCUCGACCUCGCCAAGCCAAUCUACUUCCAGACCGCCAAGAACGGCCACUUCACCAACCAGAGCUUCACCUGGGAGAAGCCGAAGACCCUCAAGUUCUAAGCGGCUUCGCCUCACACACCACACAUCACAUGACACAAAUAGUAAUAAUAGAUCCGAAAGGGACUCAACGUCUCUCUCCUCCUUACCUCCUUUUUGACGACAACGGCCAUCUUCGAUCCCAUGAUGAUGACUGAUGACAUCUUGAACUUUUCCCUUACAUUUUUCACACGCGGCGAAACGGGUCUAUAUGCACAGGGCGGCGGGGCGGUCUCAACGACUGCGGGGUUAUGUUAAGCGAAUUUGCAUUUUAUUGAGUUUGGCCUGUUUAACGGCCAUUUUUUAUCAACGUUGCUACAAAAAGCUUUCCGAGAAUCAUGAUAUGUAUAUUGUGAUUGAUUUUGGAAAAGUCUUUCAACAUAGACCAUUUAGACAUUCGAGACGGGGAGCAGGACAGGCAUUUCCAUGCUUUGAGCAAUCGGCGUUCAACGGAGAAUUUCAACAUUUUCUCUGUUUAUGCAUAGCGGGCAGGGUAGCAAUGGUGGACGGAUGGAAAGGGAGGGAAAUGUCUGGCUGGGCUCUGGGGAUGGGUGUAUGUGAUGUGCUUCUCUUGCCUUCUGCGCGGACGCACAGCGAGUUGACGAUGUGAAGGCUUUAUCUUUCAUAUACCGCCUUUCUCCUGUUCCUGGUUCUGUUGAAGGAGCUGGACAGUGGGGUAGGGGGUAGAUAGCACUAAUAUCAGCUUGUCUCGAACAACCCAUCGUUUCCGCCUUUGUGCCACAACGUAAUAUGUCGCAGCUCAAGCCCGGAGCUUGGAGUCUUGCCGUUCUGAAGAGGUUAUUGCGAUCUUUUUGCCGAACGUACGAUCGAUCGACCGCCUGGAGCUUGGAGAUGGAGCUUUCCCCUUCCCCGUGUGUUAUUCCAAUCCCAUCUCCUCCCCCGCAGCUGAAGCCACGACCGACUUCCCCAGCGGCCAGUCCCAAUUAACGAUGCGGCUAUUCACACAAUCCGCUCACCUCGUACCACUCCCCAGUGACCAUGCCAGCGAGCGUCCGGUGGAGCGAUAUGGGGGCGCCAGAGGUGUGGCUGGGUUGAUCUUAACCCAUGGUGCGUGGAGUCUAAAUUUUGAAGUGAAGGUUAAUUUCGGAGAUGUGGGAAUUUUUUGGGGCAUGACGGAGUGGGUUUAGUGGCAGAUAAUUAGUAGAGUGGGGGGGGGGUGGAUGAUGGGAUGGGGAGACGGGGAGAGUCGGGGUCUGGUGGUGGUCGGUGCUGGACGGUUAGUAAGGGAUGAGUGAGUGGAUGGGCGGAGUCCCUUGCGAGAGUUAGUUAGGAUGGGCGGAGUCCCUUGCGAGAGUUAGUUAGGAUGGGCAGAGUCCCUUGCGAGAGUUAGUUAGGAUGGGCGGAGUCCCUGCGAGAGUUAGUUAGGGGGGCGGAGUCCCUGCGAGAGUUAAUUAGGGGGGUUGCGGUGUGUAUUUCUCGGCUUUGGUGUUCCAUGAGGGCCAAGGGGAUGAGGGCAAGGGGAUGAGGGCCAAGGGGAUGAGGGCAAGGGGAUGAGGGCCAAGGGGAUGAGGGC